CAUGUGGCGCGCAGUAAUCCUCUUACAACCAUUAACACACCAGAUGCAGAUGAUGCCAAUCAAUAGACCAUGCGGCGUGGAGAAAUUUAACGGCAGUCUUGCGUUUACAGUAUGCUUCACGAGUUCAGUUGUAGUUUACCUGGAUUAUUAUUUCUCUAAAUUUCUAUGAUUUACUGACAGAAACGGACAGUCAGGUGCGUGCUGGUUCUAUCAAUUUUGGGAAGGGAACCAACAUAUGGGAUAUCAAGGUGCAGAGACCCAGACGGCUCUGGCAUUAUUGAAGCGUUAUUCCCCGUGGAUUAGGCCAGUUAUUCGACGGCAAAAUGCUUCCUCAAGAUAUAAGAGUGCAGAAACCCCGUCGGAUCUCGGAUUCGGCUCCACCGGUACCACCACGGCGUGGCAAGAACAGAGACGUUCCUCUUUCAACGCGUGGGCGGUCGGGCUCCGUACCUGAGCGCAAGGUGAACUGCGUCCUCGUCGGAGAUGGAGCGGUGGGGAAGACAAGUCUUAUCGUCAGCUACACCACAAAUGGUUAUCCGACAGAAUACAUUCCAACAGCUUUCGACAACUUUGCAGCUAUGGUUGUGGUGGACGGAAAACCUGUGAGACUGCAACUCUGUGAUAUGGCUGGCCAGGACGAGCUGGACCGGAUCCGCCCUCUAUGCUACCACAAUGCCGAUGUCUUCCUGCUCUGCUACAGUGUGGUGCGCCCCUCCUCCUUCCGCAACGCCACCGACCGCUGGGCGCCCGAGAUUCGCCAUCACUGCCCCGGGGCACCCAUGGUCCUGGUGGGAACCCAGCUGGACCUGAGGGAAGACGUCCAGGUGCUGGUCCAGCUGGCCAGGAAUCAGGAGCGGCCUGUGAGCACCGAGGAGGCCCAGCAGCUGGCGAAGGAUAUCGGGGCCGUGUCCUUCGUAGAGUGCUCGGGUCUGACCCAGAAGAAUCUGAAGGAGGUGUUUGACCAGGCCAUCUUGGCCAGCAUCCAGCCAGUGGAGAACGUUCAGCAGCUCCAGCAGAGGCAGAGCCUGAGGAAGAAGACCCCGGAUAAGAUCAAGAGUCUCUCUGAGACUUGGUGGAAGAAGCUGAGCUGUGUUGUUGUGGCAGGAGAGUGUGUGGGAGGAGAGUUUGAUUGAACCCCCAAGCAGCUGUUUAGGAUUUGACAUUUUUCUAAGCUUGUGUUUAGUCUUUAGUUUUUUUCACUCCAUAUAUAAUAUCACUCAGGAAAACAGACCUGGAUCAAUAAUAUGUUGGAAAAUUUAAAUGUAUUAUCCAAAGACUUAUUUCAUAUCUAAAUAGGGGAAGCACUAGAAAGAAUGAUCAUUGCUGGCAAGAUAAUGAAUGAAAUGCAGAGUUUCAGCGUUUGUGAUACUUUAUGUUGACUACGGGUAGGACACGAUUUUGUGUUCCAAGGCCAUGACGAGGGCACAACAAGUCUGAAUUGAUUUGAAUUAGCAAAUCCAGUAGCUGGGGAGACUACUAAUGAAAUGACUGACUUCACAAUGAUCUCUGUGUCAUUCUGUGAAACCCCCAUCAAGUGUCAAAGGUCACCAUUGGAGAAUGUUGUGGAGGAUUACGAGAAACCAGCCAAUAGCAACUGUAACGCCAAACCAUAAACUUACUUUGUGUUCGCCAUUUUGACAAAGUCUCUCAAUGUUAUUUAUUAACCUAUAUCAGAUCAUGUACAGUGGGGCAAAAAAGUAUUUAGUCAGCCAACAAUUG